GGUGGUAUUACGUCACUUCAGGUCGUUGGACCGAUGCUGGGUGUAACGAGGACCUCUUGACGCUGGUGUUCGGCUCUGCUGCAUAGAGAAUCCGGGUCUAGGGCGUAAAACGCCUGCGAGAGUAAAAAAUAAACGUGGAAAUAACAUUUGUCUUCUAGGGACAACGGAACUAGCCCCGCCUUCCGGCGCGCGGCGCUAGAGGGGAGGUGGUGGCGCAUGCGCAGUCAGAGUAGCACCCCCCAUGUGUAUUAGCUGUGGGUGUGCGGCGCUCUGGACUCACUGGACGGCGAGCGGGAGGGACUCGGUGCGCCAUGGCAGGGAAAGCAUUUAGGAAGUUUCUUCCCCUGUUUGACCGUGUUCUGGUUGAAAGAUGUGCAGCUGAGACUGUAACCAAAGGAGGCAUCAUGCUUCCGGAAAAAUCUCAAGGAAAAGUGCUACAAGCAACAGUAGUGGCAGUUGGAUCAGGAUCCAAAGGAAAGGAUUUUUACAAUUGGCCUGAUGAAUCUUUUGAAGAAAUGGAUAGCACGCUAGCUGUUCAACAGUAUAUCCAACAAAACAUAAGGGCAGACUGUUCUAACAUUGACAAAAUCCUGGAACCUCCUGAAGGACAGGAUGAAGGUGUAUGGAAGUAUGAACAUUUACGACAAUUCUGUCUCGAGCUCAAUGGACUUGCUGUCAAGCUUCAGAGUGAAUGCCACCCAGAUACAUGCACUCAGAUGACAGCAACUGAACAAUGGAUUUUUCUUUGUGCAGCCCAUAAAACUCCCAAAGAGUGUCCUGCUAUAGACUACACCAGGCACACGCUUGAUGGAGCUGCAUGUCUUCUGAAUAGCAAUAAAUAUUUCCCCAGCAGAGUUAGCAUAAAGGAAUCCUCUGUAGCCAAACUAGGAUCAGUGUGCCGUAGGAUUUACAGAAUAUUUUCCCAUGCGUAUUUUCAUCAUCGGCAGAUAUUUGAUGAAUAUGAAAAUGAAACCUUUUUGUGUCACCGGUUCACUAAAUUUGUGAUGAAAUAUAAUUUGAUGUCCAAGGAUAACCUGAUUGUACCAAUUUUGGAAGAGGAGGUGCAGAAUUCAGUGUCUGGGGAAAGUGAGGCAUGAUGGGAAUUGUGGUACAGAAAGCAACUGUACUGAACACACAAUUGACAUUAUGUACUGUAUAUAUCAUUUUAGACACUUCAAUCAUGUAUCCUUAUUAUAGCUUUGUUUAGUAUACUUUUUUGUAUGCUGUGUGCAUUGCCUUUUAAUAUGGGAAAUACUUUAAGUUAUUCAUGAACUGUAUAUUCAUCAAUGUGGCACUCAUGGUUUUUAAAUAAAAUUAGUAUUAUCUGUUUAUAAUACCUGUUAAUAAAAGAAUUACAGUUGUGUAAAAUUGCUGCUAAACAAUCAUUGGAUCACAAUCCUCAAAUGUGUCUGAUUAAAAAAGAUAAGUGAGACUAAGGUUUCACACAAGCCAUUUUCUAAUGAAAUAGUAAUGUUAGCCUUAGUUCUGAGUUUAAUACGUACCUUAAAUUUAGAAUCCUGCAGGAAGGUCCUUGUAAUGUAGCUUAUUCCUAAUUUUAGCUCUUACUUUUUUUCAAAGAACUCAUUUAUUUCUAAGUUUUACUUCUGCUUUUGGGCGUGCGUAUAUAGUAUUAACUAUUCUUGUAUGUGUAUAUUCAAAUAUUAAACACAACUACAGUAUUAGUAAUACCAAAAGGAUAACUUUACUAUGCUACUAAAAGUAUAUUUUUGAUCUGUAUGAGAGAUAGUUGUGUACUUUCUGGACUUGCCUUUCUGUAACAGUGGAGGCCUGUCUACAUCAUGGAAGUGAUGUGUUGAGUCUUAAGGAAAGGAAAGAUUAUUUUUUCUUAUGAAAAUCCUUCACUUUCGUUCCUCCCAUGACUUCUCAAAAGAAUAGCAGUGGCUGAAAAUAACUUUUCCUCUUGGCUAUAGUAAGGUACUUAGUGGUUUUAUACCUGUGCAUAUCUAUAAUAACUGCUUACAGAUUAUACCUCAGUGUUCAUAUUACACUACAGAACAAUGUACUAGCAUAGUCUUGUUUAUAGUCUUAGCACAAAAAUUGAAUUCUAGCCUUGCAAUACUUUGAUUCAUGUGGAGAGUAUGAUUAAUAAUGUGCUUUCAUCCAUUCACCUGGAUUGUAUCCACUCUGAGGUGAAAUACAUCCAUAGUUGGAGUUGUUUGCAGAUUUGCAAUAACUCACAAGUUCCAUGAGUGCUGCUUAAUGGUGUUGAACUGUCCAGAAUUUGAUUAGAAUUAAAUGUUUUAAAGACUAUUCUAGCAGACUUAUUGUUAAUGGUGUACAUAAAUGAAGAGAGUCUAAAAGCACUAGCAGUGUUCUUAUAUUAAAUGGAGCUUGCCUAGAUAAAGUAAGUUUUGUGGCUUCUUCACAUAGUAGAGGGCCUGUUUAUGUAUUGAAACAGGUUAAAGUGUUGGCCUUAGUGGGCCAAGCCAUUUAUCUAAAUGAUACUUCCUCUUGAAGGUAUGCUUACCUGGGAAUGAGAGCUAAUUUAUUUUUAAAUAGUAAUUUCUUCAAAAUAUACUGAACAUGCCUUAAGUAGUUAAAUACAAAAUAUUACAAGUCAAAUAUACCCUAAGCAUUUAAACAAUGAGAACCUGGAGAGAUAAAGGUCUUAAAUUGCUUAUACAGUGCUGCCUUCUUGGGCACAGAUUUUUGUGUGUGUUCAUUUUUAAAAUUGUAUUUAUUGGUCAGCAGGGUCACUGCAUCAGAUGCAGUCUUAGUGACUAGCUUUAGCUAUUGUGUUUGCACACUUGAGGUUUAUCUUCUACAGGUCAGAUGACUUGAUUUGAUAUCUUUAAAUUUGUCCUGAGGGUAGAGGAUUACACUUUGGAGGUAAUAAGACGUAUUUAGCUUUGUAGUAAUCUGCUGUUGCAAGAUAGACCCUAGUACAUUUCUGUUGUACAGCCACUUUAACAAACUUAUAUUGGCCUGGGACAGGCAAAAAGCUGGUGCUCUUCACUAUUAAACAUUUUUGGUAAAAUUGAAGAUAGUGGAGCAGUGCUCAGAACUUCAUUAAAAUCUUAAACUUC